AAGUACCGAAUUAUCUAUCAUUGCAAGGUCAUCACAGCGAAGAAAGUCGAGAAAGAAACAUCAUGAAAAGCAGCCCCCACCCCUUCAUCUCAUUUCAAAGCCUCGCUACAACUCCAAGCAAGGGAAAGGUAGCGAUCAUAAGCAUAAUCUUCCAACUGAGACCUACCUGCAUGCCAAGUUCACCCAAAACAUGUCAAAUCCCCAUGCCACACUGACACUCCCGGUUCCAGCAUCACCAAGAUAUUUCCGGAGUCCCACAUUCCGCCGCCCAUCUUUUCCCUCCUGCCGUCUCCUCCAAACCCACAGACCAAAUCUUACUACUACUCGGGAAGGAACCAUGUACCGUACCUUACCUUAUAUCGUGAUGGCCCAUACACCCGCGCUAUCCCCAACCGAGCCGGUGGGGCCGGCAGGAUAUCGUUUACCUCAACUCAAAUUCAAAAAAAAAAUAUUUCCAUCUCCUUCAUCACAACACCAUUGUUGCUUUUCCUUUCCAUCCAAAAAAUAAAAUAAAAAAAAUUGGAGUGUGAGCCCCCCUGCGUAACAAUGGCAACACCGGCAGUUGACCAUGACAAGAUCUCUCCGCACCAGCAGUCGGCGGCAGCAUCAGCAUCGUCGGCCCGUGAGAGAAUCCAAGCGAGAUCGGAAGGGGGUGACUCGGAGUUAAGCGAUGAGCUCACCGACACCACCAACGUCGCCCAAGAAAUACCACACGACGACGAUGAACCGCCCAAAUCGGAUUUGCCGUUCUCAAAAGCGCGAUGUAUCGCCCUCGUGGCUACCGUCACAGGCGCGAGUUUUCUCAACACCCUCUCCGGCCAAGCAGUGGUCAUCAUCCUCCCAACCAUAGGCCGCGACCUUUCCAUCCCCGACACCCGCCUCCAAUGGAUCGUCUCGGCCUACUCCCUCACCUUUGGCUGCUUCCUCCUCCUCUGGGGCAGGAUAGCUGACAUCUACGGCAAGAGAAGGAUGUUCAUCUUUGGCUCGGCCUGGUUCGCCAUGACCAUGCUGGUGAAUCCCUUUUUACCAAACGAAAUCGCCUUUGAUUUGUUUCGUGGUCUUUCUGGGCUUGGUGCGGCAGCCAACGUUCCAACGGCGAUUGGAAUCCUAGGAACUACCUUUCGACCUGGAAAAGCGAAAAACUAUGCUUUUAGUUGUUACUCAGCAGGUGCCCCUGUGGGAGCGGUGUUUGGGAAUUUGCUCGCGGGCUUUGUCUCGGAGUACACCUCAUGGAAAUGGGUUUUUGUCAUUAUGGGUUUGUUGGCUGUCAUUGUGACUGUGGCGGCGUUUUUUAUCUUGCCGGCGCCGAAUCACACUUUGCAUGAUGAGGGGGUCACGGUGAAGAAUUCGGUUGACUGGUUGGGGGCUGGGUUGGUCACCGUGGGCUUGCUGGCGUUGCUUUUCGCCUUGACACAAGGAAAUGUAGUUGGGUGGAGGACGCCGUGGAUACCGGUGUUGAUUGUGGUUUCGGUUAUCUUGGUGACGUUGUUUGUGUUUUGGCAGAGACAUCUGGAAAAGACGAAGAAACGCGCGCCGAUCAUGAAGGUUUCGGUCUUUCACAGCACGAAAUUCAGCGCUGCCAUGGCGAUCAUGGCUCUCUUUUUCAGCAGUUUCAAUGGGUUGCUGGUUUAUGCCACGUAUUUUUACCAGGACUUUCAGGGCCUGUCGACGUUGCAGACGACCUUGAGGUUUCUGCCGACGGGGAUCAUGGGGGUCAUCACCGCGCUGGUUGUCAGCCAGCUUUUGGCGCGGGUGCCGACUUACCUGCUUUUGGCGGUGGGGACGUUUUGCGUGUCGAUAUCGUCGAUACUCUUUGCUGCUCCGAUUCCGCCCGAGACGACGUAUUGGGCUUAUGGGUUCCCGGCUAUGGUCUUGUCGGUUUUUGGAGCUGAUACUACGUGGCCGUCUUUGAUUUUGUUUACGAGCCAUUCGUUACCUCAGUCGGAUCAGGCUUUGGGGGGGGCUUUGGUUAAUGCCAUGGGUCAGGUGGGAAGGGCUAUCGGUUUGGCUGUCGCGACGGCGAUUCAGACGGCUGUUAUGGCGCGUGAUAGAAGGGUCGAUGUCGAGAAGGCUGGGCCGGUGAUUCCUUGGGACUCGGCUUCGCUCGCGGGUCUGCGAGCAGCGGAGUGGUGGAAUUUUGCGUUGGGGUGUGCGGCAUUUGUGGUUGUUUUGGUAGCUUUUCGGGGGUCCGGGGUUAUUGGGAAGGCGGGGGUUGUGAAGGCUCAACGGCGACCGACUGAGCGUGAUGACAUUGUUGUUGAUAGUACGGGGGAUGGGGGGAUAAAGGUCUGA